UUUUUUUUUUUUUUUUUUUAGAUCUUUUGCUUUGAGGCAGGGUUGAACCAUGUAGGUAAGGCUGACCUCAAACUUGGGAUCCUUUGUCUCUGACUCCUAAGAGCUGGGAUUGUAGGUGUGCACCCAUGCCUGGUUUAGCUAGCUGAGAUCAGUUGAUGAUUGCUCCAACUUUUACACAUGAACACACUCAUUACACUUGCCACUUUAAUUGGCUGAAGAGUAGAUGUGAUAAAGUUUGACUUUCUAUGCAAAUGUGACUUCUUUGUUCAUUUAGGUGAUUUCCAGGUUGGUUUUUUUGUGGUUGUUUUUUGAGAAAGGGUCUCAAUAUGUAGUGGCCUGGAACUCAUUCUGUCGACCACACUGACCUCUGAUGCACAGAGGUCCACCUACAUCUGCCUCCCUAGUGCUGUGAUCAAAAAAUGUAUGCCAUUGCCUUAGUUAGGUUACUGUUGCUGUGGUGAGACACCAUGACCAGAAGCAACUUGAAGAGGAAAGGGGUUAAUUUAGCAUCCACUUCCUUAGUGCAAUCCCUGAAGGAGACCAGGACUGGAACUCAAACAGGGCAGGAACCUAGAGGCAAGCACUGAUGCAGAGGCCAUGGAAGAGUGCUGCUUACUGGUUGCUCUCCGUGACUUGUUCAGCCUCCUUUCUUUUUUUUUUUUUCUUUUUUCUUUCUUUUCGGGGCUGGGGACUGAACCCAGGACCUUGCGCUUCCUAGGCAAGUGCUCUACCACUGAGCCAAAUCCCCAACCCCCAGCCUCCUUUCUUAUAGACCCCAAGACUCCCAGCCCAGGGGUGGCCCCACACACUAUGGGUUGGGUCCUCCCUCAUUAAUUAAGAAAAUGCCACCUGCCAGGUGCAUGGCUUUAAUCCUAGCACUCUGGAGACAGAGGGAAAGGGAGAGGAAGAGGCAGAGGUGGGGGGAGGGAGGGAUAGAAAGAGGGAGGGAGAGACAGACAGACAGACAGAGAUAGACAGACAGAGAGGCAGAGGUGGGUGGAUUUCGAGGCCAGAUUAGUCUACAAAGUAGUUCCAGGACAGCCAGGGCUAAACAGAAAAACCCUGCCUCAAACAAACAAACAAACAAACAAACAAAUAAAAGAGAGACAGACAAACAGAAACACAUACACACAGAAGAAAUUGACCAAGGAGGCAUUUUCUUAAAGUUCUGGUCUCUCAGAUAACUUUAGUUUGUGUCAAGUUGACAUAAAACUAUGCAGCACAGCCAUGAUUUCCAGAGUUUUAUUAUUUAAUGAUACUUCCAUAAAUGUUUUCAAACUAAUAUAUUUUAUUUUUCUUUUUAUAAGUUUUCCGGGUCACAGGCAAUAAACCUGCUAUAAAAAUAGGUUGAACAAAUUUAUAAUUUCUAUUUCAACUGUUUCCUUGAGACUUGGGAACUUUCUUUUAGGUAGCCCCCCCCCCCCCUUUUUUUUUCUUUUUUUUCGGAGCUGGGUACCGAACCCAGGGCCUUGAGCUUGCUAGGCAAAUGCUCUACCACUGAGCUAAAUCCCCAAUCCCUCCCCCUCCUUUUUAAUAGUUUCCUAGUUUCUCAGUCAUUCGGAGGCAGUGUAAGGGCUCCUUUAAAUAGCCAGUUGCUUUCCUUUAGUUGUUCACCGUACUCUUGGAAUGGAAUUAUUUUCUGCUUUUCAUGUUAGUUUACUAGGUGAUUCAGAUGGGUAAGGGAGUCGCUGCCUCUUAGGGUCUUCAGAUAUGAUGUGGAAAGGGAGGAGGUGAUGGUAGUGGGGGGAAAUGGCUGCAGAGGAAGAAAAAUAUCUCCAAAGAAGAGGUACAAAGAAAGUCCUGUAGCAUUCCUCCCGGGGAGGGAGACUGAACAUCCAUCCGGGCAGGGAGCUGCUGUCCCAGAGGUGAUGACAUUUGAACUGGGUCUUGAAGGAUAGCUAGUAUUUCCAUGGGAAUGGGGGAGGGGCAUGACAGGAAGCACUGGGUGAGCGGUUCACACCAGAGGGAAGCUUGAGAUGUAUUUGGAGGGAAUAGGCGUCAGCUCUGAAACAGUCAUCCCAGCAGGUCACAGGAGAUGAAGCUGGAGAGGACCAACCUGGAGGCCUUGCAGAAGAAGCUGGAGGAGCUGGAGCUGGACGAGCAGCAGCGGAAGCGCCUUGAGGCCUUUCUGACGCAGAAGCAGAAGGUGGGAGAGUUGAAGGAUGAUGACUUUGAGAAGAUCAGUGAACUGGGGGCUGGCAAUGGUGGAGUGGUGUUCAAGGUCUCCCACAAGCCAUCUGGCCUGGUUAUGGCUAGGAAGCUAAUUCACCUGGAGAUCAAACCCGCAAUCCGGAACCAGAUCAUCCGGGAGCUGCAGGUGCUGCAUGAGUGCAACUCCCCGUACAUAGUGGGCUUCUACGGGGCCUUCUACAGUGACGGCGAGAUCAGCAUCUGCAUGGAGCACAUGGAUGGUGGGUCCUUGGAUCAAGUGCUGAAGAAAGCUGGAAGAAUUCCUGAGCAAAUUUUAGGAAAAGUCAGCAUCGCUGUGAUAAAAGGCCUGACAUAUCUACGAGAGAAGCACAAGAUUAUGCACAGAGAUGUCAAGCCUUCCAACAUUCUAGUGAACUCACGUGGGGAGAUCAAACUCUGCGAUUUUGGGGUCAGCGGGCAGCUAAUUGACUCCAUGGCCAACUCCUUCGUGGGAACAAGGUCCUACAUGUCGCCUGAGAGACUCCAGGGGACUCACUACUCUGUGCAGUCGGACAUCUGGAGCAUGGGGCUCUCUCUGGUGGAGAUGGCAGUUGGAAGAUACCCCAUUCCUCCUCCUGAUGCCAAGGAGCUGGAGCUGCUGUUUGGAUGCCAGGUGGAAGGAGACGCGGCCGAAACGCCACCCAGGCCAAGGACCCCUGGGAGGCCCCUCAGCUCAUAUGGAAUGGAUAGCCGACCUCCCAUGGCAAUUUUUGAGUUGUUGGAUUACAUCGUCAAUGAGCCUCCUCCAAAACUGCCCAGUGGAGUAUUCAGUCUGGAAUUUCAGGAUUUUGUGAAUAAGUGCUUAAUAAAGAACCCUGCAGAGAGAGCAGAUCUGAAGCAGCUCAUGGUACAUGCUUUCAUCAAGAGAUCUGAUGCCGAGGAGGUAGACUUCGCAGGCUGGCUCUGCUCCACCAUUGGGCUUAACCAGCCCAGCACACCAACCCACGCUGCCAGCAUCUGAGCCUUUGGGAAGCAGCAGAGAGGAAUCCUCUGCCCAGUGGCAUGCCAUGUUGCUUUCAGGCCUCUCCCAUGCUUGUCUAUGUUCAGAUGUGCAUCUCAUCUGUGACAAAGGAUGAAGAACACAGCAUGUGCCAAAUCGUACUUGUGUCAUUUUUAAUAUUGUCUUUAUCGCUAUGGUUACUCCCCUAAGUGGAUUGGCUUUGUGCUUGGGGCUAUUUGUCUGUUCAUCAAAUACAUGCCAGGUUGAACUACAGUGAAACCCUGGUGACCUGGGUGGUCUUCUUACUGAUGUUUGCGCUGCUGUUCAUCGUGACUCACUAGCUGGCUGCCUGUAUUGUCAGGAUUCUCGGACCCUUGGUACUUCACUCUUGCUGGUGACCUCUCAGUCUGAGGAGAGGGGGCCUUCUGAGACCCUUCACAGGCAGUGCAUGCAUGAAAAGCAUGCUUUGCUGCUACUGAAAUGAGCACCAGAACGUGUACAUCAUGGUAUUUUAUUUUUGCUUUUGGUAUAGAACUCAGCAGUUCCCAUUUAAAAAAAAAAUCUAACCAGAGCCCAUCACUGCCAUGAUAGCUGGGGCUUCAGUCUGUCUACUGUGGUGAUUUUUAGACUUCUGGUUGUAUUUCUAUAUUUAUUUUUAAAUAUACUGUGUGGGAUACUUAGUGGUAUAUGUCUCUGAGUUUGGAUUAGUGUUUCUAAAUUGGUAGUUAUUUUGAAUGUCACAAAUGGAUUAAGGAAUCAACGUAUCAAGAGUUCUAUCUUUCUUCCAGUCUAAGUACCAAUGCUAUUGUAAACGUGUAUAGUGCCUACAAAUUGUAUGAAAACCCUUUUAACCACUUUACUCAAGAUGUUUAUCAAAUCUAAUCUCUUAUUCUAAUAAAAAUACUAUCAAGUUAAAGUAAAAA